AUGGGAGGCGAAAGAUCUCCAGAGCGGGUGCUCAUUGUUCUACAUCGGCCAAUUCCUGAACCUGUCCAGGCGGUUAUUCGGCACAAGUUCUCCGAUGCCGAGGUCACCUUCUACAAGUCCCAGCAGGGUGUCCCGGUGCCUCCUGAUCAUCUCUCGCAGCACCCGAUCUUGCGUGAAAGCGAUAUUCACAUCACUACAAGUUCCGGGAUCCACGGCCCUCCUAUCGCGGAAUGGACUGUGAUGAACUGGCUAGUCUCGUCACGCAAAUAUGUGCAAACUUACGAAGCACAGAAGGCGCAUGACUGGCAGGAUAAGACCGGGAAAAUUGGCGAGAUGCAUGACCAAGUUGGCAAGAAAGUGGGCAUUUUGGGAUAUGGGAGUAUCGGACGUCAAAUUGGCCGUGUCUCGCAAGCAUUGGGUAUGACUGUCCACGCUUACACAGCCUCUCCACGACCCACGCCAGAGUCGCGCCAUGACAAUGGCUACAUUGUGCCUGGGACUGGAGAUCCAGACGGCUCAAUCCCAGCCUCGUGGCACCACGGAACCGAUCGCGAAUCUAUCCGCGAGUUUUUGGCCAUCGGAUUGGAUCAUCUUGUCAUAUCACUUCCGCUGACUCCGCAAACGACCCAUCUUCUUUCAGCUGAUGAAAUUGACAUCCUUUCCGAUAAUUGCCACCACCAUGCCAGCAAACCCUAUGUGACCAACAUCUCGCGGGGAAAGGUUAUCGACCAAAAGGCCCUCAUUGAUGCACUGCGCUCGGGUACCUUGGGCGGUGCUGCACUCGACGUUACGGACCCCGAGCCUCUCCCCAAAGAUGAUCCUCUUUGGGACGCACCAAAUGUGCAGAUCAGUCCACACCUCAGUUCUCAUGGGAAAGAGUAUUUCCCGAGGUCCCUUGAUAUUCUCAAGGUUAACCUGGGCCGACUUGCCAAGGGCGAGGCCUUAAUCAAUGAUUAUAAAAGAGAUAAAGGAUAUUAG